CCAGGGUCCAAAGCCCGGGCGGCGCUUUGGCCGGGCCGUGGAGCCCGGGGCUGCCCCGUCCUCUGGCGCCAUGGCCGCCGAGGUGGUGGUUGUGGGAUCCUGUAUGACCGACCUGGUCAGGGAGAAGAGAGGCUUGGGUUUGUGUUUUCAGCUGUGCUGGGUGGCUCGGUGUUAGCCCUGCCAGGAAAACAGCAUUUUAUAGUGACCCACAUAGGAAACCAUGAACUCUGAUACUCUUUAUCAGCAGAGGACUUUGAAAUGAUUUUAUGAAGACUUUCUAUCUCUGAAUGUGAUCUAGUUACUGCUCACAUGGGAACUUUUCAAGAAAACCCAGAAUACCAGGGAAAGGGACAUUAAUGACUCACCUUACUACGCGAUUGCCAAGAGCUGGAGAAACUGUCCUUGGACAUAAGUUUUUUGUUGGUUUUGGUGGGAAAGGAGCCAACCAAUGUGUCCAGUCUGCUCGACUUGGGGCCAAGACCUCGCUGAUCUGCAAGGUUGGGAAGGAUUCCUUUGGCAAUGAUUAUGUUGAAAACUUGAAGAAGAAUGGUAUUUCUACAGCAUUUGUAGGUCAGACUACAGAUGCUGCUACUGGAGCUGCUUCAAUAAUUGUCGACAGUGAAGGACAGAAUGUCAUUGCCAUAGUCCCAGGAGCCAACCUGCUUUUAAAUUUUGAAGACCUGAAAAGAGCUUCGGAUGUCAUCCAGAAAGCCAGAGUGGUUGUUUGCCAGCUAGAAAUAACCCCUGCUGUUUCUCUUGAAGCUCUGAAAAUGGCACAUGCCAGUGGAGUAAAGACUUUAUUUAAUCCAGCUCCAGCCCUUGCUGACCUAGAUCCGCAAUUUUAUACUCAUUCUGAUAUCUUCUGCUGCAAUGAAACUGAGGCAGAAAUUUUAACGGGCAACCCAGUUGGCAACCUUGAAGAUGCUGAAAAGGUGGGACGCAUGCUGUUAGAAAGAGGGUGUAAGCUCGUAAUUGUUACUCUUGGAGCAGAAGGCUGCAUGAUGAUAUCAGUAGAAGAACCCAUUCCAAAGCACGUUCCUGCUGGGAAGGUCAGGGCUGUGGACACUACGGGAGCUGGAGACAGUUUUGUGGGAGCACUAGCCUUCUACCUGGCUUACUAUCCCAACUUACCCAUGGAGGAAAUGAUCAGGAAGUCUAACUGCGUCGCAUCAGUGAGCGUCCAGGCAUGGGGGACACAAUCUUCAUAUCCUUACAGGAAGGACUUGCCUCAGGACCUUUUCUAAUUGACAUUGUCUAGCUCUAGGUACUGAUUUUAUCUUAUCCCAGACAGCAUUAUUCUCCUGACCGCAGAGGUUCCCCUCCGCUGACUGGAAAGACCAGGAAAGUCUUUUAUUUCUAAUUUGAGGAAUCCUGUUAGUUUCUGUUCUACAACACUAAGAGGGGGGAGCUGGGGGUGCCUUUCUAACACAGCACAGCAGGUCUCUCUGGCCCCACACACAACCACUGGGCUUGCGGCGGCCCACAUGGCGCACUGUGCUGAACUACAUGAAGUUUACAGCAAAACAUCUGGAGGGUAUCGGGCUCCUGGUAAUAUUAUUACUUGAUUUUAUCAGACCUUCUGAUGUGCAAUGCCAUCACAUGAAGCAGAGCUUACCCAAAAGCCCAUCUUAUUUCACCAGGUUCCCACUGCUUCUUCCGUUCCUAGGAGGGAGCUGGUACAGCACUACCCCUCCAAGAAAUUACACUGACUCGUGGUCACUACUGUUGAAUCUGUGGCUGGUAGGUUAGAAAAACUUGCAAUCUUGCCAUUGAAUUCCUGCUGUGGAAAAUGUUAAUUUUUAUUGCUUUAUAAAACAAUAGCUCCUUUGAAGAUUACAGCCUCUUUCACAAUGGAAAACACAGACAAUGGGAUUUGCUAUUUAAUUUUUUUUUAAUUGAGCACUGUAAAAAUAACUCAAAAGAUAAAUAAAUGUUACUGUGAUGAUCUA